UGCAGCCCAGCUGGUUCCGGUUGGGGAAGAUGGCGGUGGCUGGGGCGGCGUCCCUGGAGCCGCUGGUACACUGGUGCACACAGCAGUUGCGGAAAACUUUCGCCCUGGAUGUCAGCGAGGAGAUCAUACAGUAUGUUUUGUCAAUCGAGAGUGCUGAAGAGCUGCGAGAGUACGUGACAGACCUUCUCCAGGGGGACGAGGGGGAGAAAGGCCAGUUCAUAGAAGCUCUUAUCGCCAGAUGGCAAAAGAAGGAGCAGGAGUUGAUUUCCGAGUCUUUUCAGCAGGGCUGGAAAAAAGAUGAAGUUUUAGAUACACAGAGAUCAGUAGACCAGCUAAAGCGGAGUAGGAGAAAAGGAAGAAACAAACAGGAAGUUCCUACAUUUCCUGAACCUGAUCCAACUGUAGAGGUCAAAACACCUUUAGAUUUAGCCAAGGCACAAGAAAGCAACAACUCGGUGAAGAAGAAGACGAAGUUUGUCAAUUUAUACACAAGAGAGGGACAAGACAAACUUGCAGUCCUGCUUCCUGGUCGCCACCCAUGUGACUGCCUGGGCCAGAAGCACAGGCUCAUCAAUAACUGUCUGGUCUGUGGGCGGAUCGUGUGCGAGCAAGAGGGUUCUGGCCCCUGCUUAUUCUGUGGCUCUUUGGUAUGUACGAAUGAAGAACAGGACAUUUUACAGCGUGACUCAAACAAAAGCCAGAAACUGCUAAAGAAGCUCAUGGCAGGGGCAGAAAAUUCUGGAAAGGUGGACAUCUCUACCAAGGACCUUCUUCCUCAUCAAGAAUCUCGAAUUAAGUCUGGUUUGGAGAAGGCUAUCAAGCACAAAGAAAAGCUGCUAGCGUUCGACAGAACUAGUAUCCGAAGGACCCAAGUCAUUGAUGAUGAGUCAGAUUACUUUGCCAGUGAUUCUAACCAGUGGCUGUCCAAAGUUGAGCGAGAAGCCCUGCAGAAACGAGAGGAGGAGCUGAGAGAACUCCGACAUGCCUCACGGCUCUCUAAGAAAGUCACCAUUGACUUUGCAGGGCGGAAGAUCCUAGAAGAUGAAAAUCCACUAGCCGAUUAUCACAGUAGACUAGAUGAGACAAUACAGGCCAUUGCCAAUGGAACUUUGGAUAGAUCCUCUGAAGAGCCUUUGGGAGUGUUGGUAAAUCCCAACCUGUACCAGAGUCCUCCCCAGUGGGUAGACAACACUGGCUCAGCCCCACAGAAGAGGACCCCACUCUCAGCAGGACUAGAGCACACUUUACAUCAGCACCAGCUGCGAAUCCAGGACCAGGAAUUCCAGGAAGGCUUUGAUGGUGGCUGGUGCCUCUCUAUGCAUCAGCCUUGGGCUUCUCUCCUUGUCAGAGGGAUUAAAAGGGUGGAGGGCAGAUCCUGGUAUACGGCUCACAGAGGAAGACUUUGGAUAGCAGCCACCGGCAAAAAACCCUCCCCUCAAGAAGUCUCAGAACUCCAGGCUACCUAUUGUCUUCUUCGUGGGAAAGAUUUGGAAUUUCCGAAUGACUAUCCGUCAGGUUGUCUUCUGGGCUGUGUGGACCUAAUUGAUUGCUUGUCCCAGAAACAAUUUCAGGAGCAGUUCCCAGACAUCAGUCAAGAGUCUGAUUCUCCAUUUGUUUUCAUCUGCAAAAAUCCCCAGGAAAUGGUUGUGAAGUUUCCUAUUAAAGGAAAUCCUAAAAUCUGGAAACUGGAUUCCAAGAUCCAUCAAGGAGCAAAGAAGGGGUUAAUGAAGCAGAAGAAAGCUGUCUGACCCAGGAAAAAAGGAACCAUACAGCAUAGUGGAGUCUUGGGGACUAAAUUGCCAUCCGCUGGUCCUUUGGGAUUGAAGUGGUAGAAAACUGAAGGCUUGAUGUGACACCAGGCUUCAGCCUCUGAGGAUUUAAACUCUAACCAAAUCUGUAUAUUUUUCUUACAAGGUGGGAUUCUUUAUGUAGUGGGCCAAAAAUCUUUGAAUACAUUAUUUAUAAAAACUCAUUUUAAAAAUUCUA